AAGCAUCGAUCCAACAUCUUACGCGGAUCCUCCCAUUUCAUUUACAAGUCCAAUCAACACAAAAGCUUUAUAAAACAUAAUAUUUGUAUUCUAUAAAUAUGCACGACUAUAUAUGUAUAUGUGUAUAGAAGAUGUAGAUUCAGAUGAGAAGGAGAUAUUUAUUGUAACUUGAGAGAGAAAAGCAGAGAAAUAGAGAACAAGAAGAGAGAACGAGAGGAGAUAGAGAGACGGGGGAGAAAUCGUAAAACAGCAAAUUGUUGAUAUUUUCUUUGAUGAAAACGUAUAUCUGCAAUCAUUACAAGGAAAUCGUAUUAAUGCAAUUAGUUUGUUAAAAAGGGUGUAGUUGAUGAAUUCCGUUAAUUUUUUUUAUUAAGAUGAGUGUGAUAUAUGUAGACUGUAGUAUGAUCCAUGCUAGUUUUAAGAGUGUGAUGUAGAAAUCGCAAGUAAUCUUAAACAGUUAAACCGGAGGUACAUAAAGUGCAGGUUUGUCGAACUCGAGCGAACCAUCACCUAUUCACCUAUUACUCUUGGGUUGAAAAAAAUCCGGUCAUAGAAACUCCGGCGGCGACAACCAUGAACCGCCUCUCUUCCCACACAGGCCGCCGUGUUUCUCUCUCCACACUCCCCUUGCUCCACCCAAUCAAAAACCCCAACCCCAUCUCCCAAUCACUCACACAACCCCACAAAUUCUUCUCACAUUUCUCCCCAAAACCCCUUCUCAACUCUCCCAAAACCCAAUUUGAUCCAAGCCCCACCAGAACCCAUUUGACAACUAUCACUGACCUUCUGAGAGACCCCAACAUUUCACCAGGCAAACCCCUGGAAACAGCGUUAGAGCAAACAGGGAUAAAACUCACUCAUUCCCUGUUUCUUGAAAUUUUUGAACAUUUCGAUUCGUCUCCGAAACCUUUGCUUACUUUGUUCCGAUGGGCGGAGAGGCAAAAUGAAAGGAAACUUCCGUUGAGUGUGUUUAAUUCUAUGGUUAAUGUUCUUGGUAAAGCUAGGGACUUUGAGUCUAUAUGGACUUUGAUUCUUGAAAGGAACGAGGGGGAUGAAAAGCCCGAUUUUGAUACAUUUGCUAUUCUUAUUCGGCGAUAUGCUCGUGCAGGUAUGUUCUUACCAUUGACUCGAGCUUAUGAAUAUGCUUCUAGUCUAGAAUUAGUAUCUCAUUCAAAAUCAGAGGUGACCUUGUUUGAGAUUUUAUUGGAUUCUCUCUGUAAGGAAGGACAUAUAAAAGAGGCGUCAGAUCAUUUUGAUAGGAAAAGGGAACUAAACCCUGCCUGGGUUCCGACAACAAGAGUUUACAACAUUCUUUUAAAUGGUUGGUUUCGAUCAAGAAAACUCAAAAAGGCUGAGAAACUUUGGGCUAUGAUGAAAAAGGAGAAUAUACCGCCGACUGUUGUAACUUAUGGUACUCUUAUUGAAGGAUAUUGUCGCAUGCGACGAGUCAAUAUCGCUAUUGAUCUGGUUGACGAAAUGCAGAAAAAGCGAAUCGAGCCAAAUGCCAUUGUGUACAACCCAAUAAUUGAUGCCUUAGGAGAAGAAGGUAGGUUUAAGGAGGCAUUAGGGAUGAUGGAGCGGCUUACAGUCUUGGAAUCAGGUCCCACUAUUUCCACUUAUAACUCUCUGGUUAAGGGUUUUUGCAAAGCUGGAGAUCUUGCAGGGGCUAGUAAGAUUCUAAAGAUGAUGAUUAGUAGAGGUUGUGUACCAACUUCGACGACAUAUAAUUACUUUUUUAGGCACUUCACAAAAUUCGGAAAGGUUGAGGAGGGGUUAAACCUUUACACAAAGAUGACCGAAUCUGGAUACAUUCCAGAUCGUCUCACUUACAAUCUAUUGGUUAAGAUGCUAUGUGAGGAGGAGAGGUUGGACUUGGCAUUACAAGUUACCAAGGAAAUGAGAGCUGCAGGAUGCGACUUUGAAUUGGCAACAUGUACUAUGCUAGUUCAUUUAAUGUCCAAAUUGCAUAGAUUUGAAGAUGCUUUUGGAUUGUUCAAGGAUAUGAUUCGCAGAGGAGUUGUUCCUCAGUACCUUACAUAUCAGAGACUGUAUGAUCAACUGCAGAAAGAGGGAAUGACUGAUAUGUCAAAAAAGCUAUCUGAUAUGAUGGCCUCUGCACCUCAUUCAAAAAAACUGCCAAAUACUUAUACGGGAACUCGUGAUUCCUCAGAAGAUAGGCAAACAUAUACCAUCCAGAAAGCUGAAGAAAUGUGUAAAAUCUUAAAGACAUCAAAGAAUUCAGGAAAUAUUAUGAGACAAAGAAGUUCAGUCAAAGAUUAUGUAUCACAUGCGAAGCGUUUGAUAGAUGAUAUCAGCAAAAGAGUUGAUUAAAGCUAAUAUUGUGAUAAAUGUAUUACCAGAGGAGCAAAGUAUAUUCACAGAUGCCUUUCUCUUGGUCAACACAGAUGCUAAAUUCUUGCGAAGCACAGUUUCUCAAAAGAACACCAUAACCUGACAACAAAUUUGAAUAGGAGAAUGAUCUCUAGUCAAACCUCUCAGCCGUUUUGUCGACUUUGCAACUUUUGCUACCUGAAGAGAAUGAGAUGUGGCACAGGGUCAGGGACGGGCGGCUAGACAUUUGCAGGGCCCUAGUCAAAAUCAGUUUUCGGAGCCCUAAUCUCUACAAAAUCAGCAUAUUUCUGAGGCGUGAGUCUUGUCAGCCUAUAGCCAAGACCACCCACCCCUGUAUGUGGGAAGAUGUCACUUCCAGUCAAGCUCCAAUGGCAACAUCUGCGUACAUUAUAUUGCCUUUGAACGAAGCAUCUCAGCCUUAUGAUGGACCAAACCAAUCCAGCUGAAAAAUCCCAAGUGGGAACCUUUACUCUUAGAGCCAAUAUCUAGGAGAGCUGUGAUUAAGAAAACCUAGCUGAACUAUCAGAAAUAUAUUGUAAAUUAAGUUGGUAACACAAGCAUGCACUUAAACUUUUUAUA